AUGUCGUAUAGGAAGAGACGAAAUCAAAAUAAUCAGCCAGAAGUUCAUUCUCCCGCGCAAAGCGAAUCCACACUGGUCCCCGACAACGCAGACGACUCCAAGAAAGAAGACUUAUUCAAGUUGGCAGGGUCAAAGGAUAAUAUCGAAAUGCUCCCCUUGCAUCGUUGUCUCGAACGGUCUGCCUCUGAUUUCGGUCGUGAAGAUCCUGCAGAUACAAUACUGCGACGUCCAAGAUUACUAAGGCGACUUCACUCGAGCUCCUCACUGUCACUGUUCAGAGUUAUGCUAACUAGACCGGCGCCUGUGCAUACCUCGGAACUCGUUCCUCGACCAACGUAUCUGAUGACACGCUUUGUGCCUCGCCGCCUUAGUUGCUGCCAAGGUCGCUCGCAGUAUUCAGCUUUCCAUCUCGAGACCUCCAAGACCAAUGCGUCAUAUUGCAAUCAGUGA